AAGACUCAAGGCUGUAAUCGCUGCCAAAGCUGCUUCAACAAAGUACUGAGUAAAGGGUCUGAAUAUUUAUGUAAAUAUUACAUUUUAUUUUUGCUGUAAAAUUUCUAGAAACCUGUUUUUGCAUUGUCAAUAUGGGGUAUUGUGUAGAUUUCUGAGAAAACAGGUGGACUGUCCUCCCAUCCUAGAGAGACCACUGGAGAUCGACUGUCCUCCCAACCUAGAGGGACCACUGGAGAUGGCUAACAGUCUCAACACAGAGGUAGCUGAGAACACAGAGAGGAUGGAUGAGGAGUUGGAAAGAGGAAGGGAUUCUCCUCUCCUCCUGGACCACCAUCACAUGAGUUCUCCAGAUGAAUUUACUCCUGAAAUCCAUAAUAAGGACAACAGGGGAGAGUACCGAUUCCAGUGUCCCCAUGCAGGUCUGUUCCGGUGCAGUAUAACAGGACUGGUGUUUAGGAUGGAGGGAGAGGGAGAGGUGCUCUAUAGGACAGUCCCCUGGGACUGGAGGCUUCUAGCCCAGAAUGGCAAGAGACCUGCAGGACCCCUGUUCAAGUUUACAUGCCUUAAGAGGUCUGUCUGUCAACUACACCUCCCACACUGUGAGAUCUACAAUAGUGGUGGAUGUGACUUCCUGUCUGUAGCCCAUGUGACUGAUGACAUCAUAGAGUUUAUCCCUCCCCGUGAGAUAACAGAAACACACAUCAUAAUAAACAUCAGUGGAUUCUCUGCUUAUGGUGAAGUCAAGGAUGAAGACUCACCCACCGUUCCUAUAAGGGCACUUGUCUUGUUGUUCUACAAACCCCCAGUUGUUCCUAAAAAGAGAUCCAUCCUGAAUGUGUUGUGGCUUCCCAGAAAUGCUGUGAUCAGGGAGGUGCAGGAGGAGUGGAAAAGAAGGAAUGGAGACAAAUGCAUCUAUAUUGAAACAAAUCCUCGCUGCCAACUAACUCCAAAUAAAGAAUACGAGCUCUCCACAGAUCUUACAGAUGAAUAUCUAAUUCAACCAAAGGAUGCAGAAUUUGUAGAUUUUGAAUCCUAUGAAAACUACUUCCCAACAUUCCAGUUGUUCAUACAAACUGUUGUUGUGGAAGUUAAUCUUCUUCUGAAAGAAAAUGGUGGUGAAGAAUCUGUCUGGUACAGACAUGUCUGGCUUCCAGCCACGCCCCCAAGCGAUGACUCAGCAGUCUCCCCAACAGAAGUUCCCUCUUCAGUUAAACCACCAGGUGGUGCUACAGCAGGGACAACAAAUGUUUCUUAUCUGCUGCUGGGCACUCUGGCAGAGCUGGUUUCAAAAGAGCUGGAGGCAUUUCAGUGGCACCUGAUUCAGGGUGUGGAGGGCUUUACUUCAAUCCCAAGGGGCCAGCUGGAGAACGCUAACAAACAGGUCACAGUGGAUAGGAUGGUGCAGCAAUACCUUGACGACGGCGCUGUGAAGAUCACACUGGAGAUCCUGAGGAAGAUGGACCAGAACAAACUGGCUGAAUACUUAGAGAAGAAGUUCCCAAACAAUGUCUGAAUUGUAUACAGUAUGUCUACAACUGUAUAUGCGUUCACACGUCAAGUCUUCUCGAGUUGGGCUCGGUGAUGGAACAACUGCUGAACAUCUGAGUAUGUGGUUGUUUGUGUGGGAAGGGUGGAUUGUGUGUGUGUGUAUCCCACAUCUGUUGUUAUGGGGUAAUGGUGUUAGGGACAAUAUACUGUAGGAUGAAUCACAAUAAUGAUUUGCCAAAAUAAUAAUUCCUUGCCAAAAAUGUGAUUUUUGUAAUGUCAGUCCUGGUUAUAGGUAACAAUCCUUUGUAUAAACUGCCUACAUUAUUA